AUCUGUCAGCCUGGAGCUGCGAGCUCGCGCACCGCUGGGCUCGACACUCUUCCGGACUCCUCUCGUUUGAUGGGUAACGUUAGAUCUCUUUUUCUUUUUGUCCACGAACAGACGGACUCCCAAGGUCGUACCUGAAGAAGACCCUCUGACGUGAUUUCAACUUGGCAAUUGUGAUCGAGGACAGACACACAACCCAUGCUGCCCCGGUAGAUAUGCUGUCACUAUGCUACUGAGAGAAGAAUGACAUUUGUUUCAUUUAAAUUCCUGGAGCUGCCUCCAGCACUUGAGCUUUGAUUAUAAAAAAAGAAAAGAAAAAAGGCUGCUGCUCUGAGCCAAAUUGUUCUACAUUUCUCUGCCGCAGCCCAGAGGGCAAACUGUUAUGGCACCGGUGGCCAACUGACCAAAAGGGGACUCUGGCUGUACUGGAGGAUUAGACCGUACUUUGGAAGCGGGGACUGGACCCAGAAAGCCGGCCCACUGUGACACACAUCAUGUUACAUGGACACUAGACUCCCUGUUUGAGCCUCCUCUGUGUGGAGUUUUUUUUCUUCUUCUUUUCCUGCAGUGUCAUUGGCUUGGAUGGUUGAGCACAAGGGCUACUUUCAAGAAGCCCACCGGUGGCUGUGGUUUUGCCAAAGCUGACAGACUGCUAGCCAGCUAUUGCUGAUUUAGUACUCUUGUCCACUGCUGUAGCGCCCUUCGUUGUGGUCUCCAGUAUGGUGAGUGCAGGCUGGAGGCAUCGCAGGAGUGAAACUCAACCAUUAACACUGGCGUAGCCGGUUACCUCCCAUAUUUCUUUUUGCACUUUGAAGGAUUGCAUUCCAGGACUUUUUUUUCUCUCCUGGAAAGAAAAAAGGUCAUUUUUUACAUUUGAACUUUGGAAAGGAGACAAUCCCCAGAGGAGGAUGAAGUUGAGAAAACAGGUGACAGUGUGUGGAGGGGCCAUUUUCUGUGUGGCUGUAUUCUCACUGUAUCUGAUGUUGGAUCGAGUCCAACAUGACCAUGCAAGAAGACAGAAUGGCGGUAACUUUCCACGGAGCCAAAUCUCAGUUCUGCAAAACCGAAUAGAGCAGUUGGAGCAGCUCCUGGAGGAAAACCACCAAAUCAUCAGCCACAUAAAGGACUCUGUGAUGGAACUCACAGACACAGGAGCUGUGUCUCCCAGCGGCCACCUGCCGUUUAGAAGUGCCAAUGGUUCCUGGGUCCUACCCUUCGAUGGCCGUCCCACUUUCCUCGCGGUCAAGCCCCAGGAUUGCCAACCCGCUUUAGGCAGCCAUGGUCAAGCAGACGUUCAGAUGCUGGAUGUGUACUCCAUCCUCAAGUUUGACAACCCUGAUGGUGGCGUCUGGAAACAGGGCUUUGAAAUUACGUAUGAACCUGAUGAGUGGGACGGUGAACAGCUGCAAGUGUUUGUUGUCCCCCACUCGCACAAUGAUCCAGGUUGGAUCAAGACUUUUGACAAGUACUUCACAGACCAGACGCAACACAUUUUGAACAACAUGGUGGUGAAGCUGGCUGAGGAUCCUCGCAGGAAGUUCAUCUGGUCUGAGAUUUCAUUCCUCUCCAAGUGGUGGGAGACCGCAGACGUACACAAGCAGGAGGCUAUGCGCAAACUGAUCCUUGGAGGGCAGCUAGAGAUUGUCACAGGAGGCUGGGUUAUGACGGAUGAAGCCAACGUUCACUACUUUGCCAUGAUAGACCAGCUCAUUGAAGGACAUCAGUGGAUGGAGAGAAAUCUCGGUAUUACUCCACGCAGCGGGUGGGCGGUAGACCCUUUUGGUCACAGUGCUACCAUGGCCUAUCUGCUGAAGAGGGCCAACCUGACCAGCAUGCUCAUUCAGAGGGUCCACUACUCCAUCAAAAAACACUUUGCCUCCACGCGCAGCUUGGAGUUUAUGUGGAGGCAGGCCUGGGACACGGGAUCAAACUCGGAUAUCUUUUGCCACAUGAUGCCGUUCUACAGCUACGACGUGCCUCACACCUGCGGGCCUGACCCGAAGGUCUGCUGCCAGUUUGAUUUCAAGAGGUUACCGGGUGGUCGGAUAAACUGCCCCUGGAAAGUGCCGCCAAAACCUGUGGUGGAUGCCAAUGUCGCGGAGAGGGCAAACCUGCUCCUGGAUCAGUACCGCAAGAAGUCCAAACUGUACCGCAGCAAAGUGCUUCUGGUCCCUCUGGGAGAUGACUUCCGCUACGACAAGGCGCUGGAGUGGGAUCAGCAGUUCAUGAACUACCAGAAGCUCUUCGACUACAUGAAUUCUCACCCAGAGAUGCACGUACAAGCUCAGUUUGGGACUCUCACAGAAUACUUCAACGCUGUCUACAAAGCACGUGGAGUGGCCCAGGGUUCCAGACCUGCAGACUACCCAGUGAUUAGUGGAGACUUCUUUGCCUACGCAGACCGCGAAGACCACUACUGGACUGGCUAUUUCACCUCUCGGCCCUUUUACAAGAGCCUGGACCGUGUGAUAGAGUCACAUCUCAGGUGAGGCCAAUUGAAUCGCAAGUAAUUCAUACAACCUGCGGCCCAUUUAUAAG